GGUGAGGUGUGUGUGUGAUUCAUUAAAAUGAAAAAGAAAGAAAACCCAUCAGAGGAGGAGUUGUGUACUACGUUAAAGAGAGAGACAGAGAGAGUGAGCAGCGUGGAGAAGAGGAGGAAGAAGAAGGAGAAAAGAAGAAGAAAAUUAUGGUUAGGUUGAUUGAAGCUCAGCUAGGUUCGGAGGCGACAACGAGUACCGCAGCUCCACGUAGGGAGUGACAGUGUUGGUUUUCUUUUUGUUGGAGACCGAGGUGAGUGUUCGAUUCAUAGAUGUUCUUCAAUUGGAUUGAAUUUGUGAUAUUGCACUGUGACUUCGUGUCGGUGGGCAACAACGGCCAACGGCCGGACUUUGUGUCGUGUCUUUGACUUUGUGUCGAUUCAAUGGCUUUAUGCCAAAAUUAUGACUGUGUCGAGCUAGUGACUUUGUGUCGGAUUAAAGACUUCGUGUCGAUUAUUUGUUUUUACUUAAUUAAUGAUGAACUUGGAUUUAUUGUUUUUAUUGAACAACAUCCAUGUCUCAUAUACACUCCUGGAACUCGUUUUGGGUUCCAGUUUUGCAGGUAUAGGUCGGUGUCCACUACAGGUCACAUUUUGCGUUUUUGUGACUCGCUUGAGAAGUGCAUGGUUGAGGCCUGAGAGAGAGUCUUUGUCUCCCAGCCCAUAGAUGAUAUUUGCCUAGUUUAGUUUUUUUUAUUUUAUUUGGAUAAUAGUUGGUUAUGUUUAUUUCUUGACAGACUUCCGCUGUAGUUUGUAAAUGACAAUCAUUUUUGAGAUGUAAAUAAAAUGUGGCUGUUAAACUUCAAUAUUUAGUUAUUCUUGGAAUUGCUAGUAGCUGGUUGUUGUUGGGCUGUUGUCGCGUGUCGUAUCGGGAUAGGCCGAUGAGGUGCUAUUCCGGAACGGGGCGUGACAGUUUUGGUAUCAGAGCCUAGAAUUAUCUAGAUUCUGAGUGUCGUUGAGCGGGUUGUGGUCUAGUAGUGGACUAUAGGAAGUUGUUCCUUUUUGUUGAGUCGAGUUUAGUGUUAGUAUAUCUAACAUUAUGAAAAUAGUAUAUAUUGUUGCUGCUGUUUAAUUGAAUUGCAACAAGGAAAUGGAAAAUCAAGAAGGGGAAGCAUCUUCUCAUCUAGGGCAAGGUGAUGCGACUGGUGGGGUUGCACCGAUACGAGUUCAGGCUGGGGCCAGAGACAUAGAAAGGCUUUUGGUGGCUAUAGCACAGUAUGUUGAAUGACAAGCUGGAACUCCAGUUAAUCAGAAUGUCGGAUUGCUAGAGAAUUUCAAGAAGCUUUAUCCAACGGAGUUUGAGGGUACUUUCAAACCUCAAGAGGCAGAGGAUUGGCUGAAAACGGUGGAGAGGGUUCUAACAGCUAUGGGAGUUACUAACGAACAGAAGGUGACCUUAGCAACUUCUACCUUUAAAGGGCAAGCUUUAAUAUGGUGGGAGGCAAGUCAGAGGUUGCUCUCAUCCCCAUUACCAGAUGUUCAGCCACCUGUGCCACAAGUGAUUACAUGGGCGAGAUUUGUGAAGGCCUUUAAUGAUAAAUAUUGUCCUGAGAUGUAUCGUUUUGCGCAAGAAGCAGAAUUUAUCAAUCUUAAACAAGGGAGUAUGUCGGUGGCCGAAUAUGAUGCCAAGUUUAAUGCUCUUUCAGCUUAUGCUACUGAUAUGGUGGAUACUGAGGAAAAGAAGGGCAGACGGUUUAGAAAGGGACUGGAGGAUAAUGUUCGAACCAGAAUAACGGCUUAUAAAGAAAAAGAUUAUGCUGAUUUGGUUGUCAUGGCAAACAAGAUUGGCAAAGAUGUUGAAGAAAUGUUUGAAAAGCGGGAACAGACUAAGAGGAGCAAAAUUGCAGCCAGUCAAGUUAGGCAAGCAAGCAAAUCUGGUGGUGACUACAAGGGUGGAUGCAAAUUUCAACAUUUGAAGGGGCAAAGUGAUUUCAAACAACAAAGUGGACAAGGGCGAGAGGUGAGUAAGCAAAGCGUGAAUAGGGAAGGUGGAUCAAGUGGUCGAGGGGCUUUCUUUCAGCAAGGGAAUUAA